CUAGAUUAUUUAAAACAAAACAAUUUUUUUAUUUCAAAUUUUGAAUAAGCGAAGAAACUCCCUGGAUCACACGCAAAUUAAGAUGGACAUCUUCGAGAGCUGCUGCCGGACGUGCGGCAACGAGUGCCUGGAGUCACUGGGGAUCUAUGAGGAGAGUGUCCAGGCGCUGGACAAGAUGGUGCCCAUUGCGGAGAUGCUCGCGGCCUGUCUGCCCGCCUCCCUGCCGGCUCUGGAACAAGCAGACGACUACCCCAAGCAGAUCUGCCGCAUCUGCGUCAAGAAGCUGUCGAUGGCCUAUGAGUUCAGCCACCAGUGGCUGGGCGCCCACAGCGAGUUCAACGUGGCCCUAAAGUUCGAGCAGCGCAGGAAGCGCAGUCUGGCCAGUCGCAGCAAGUCCCAAUCCCAGGCUAAGUGCCACGAGGUGAAGUCCAGGGAUGAGCAACUGCCCACGGAGACGGCGGAUGCAGUGCCCCUCAAAAUCGAACCAGCAGUGGCUGUUGCAUCUGCAACCGUGGAGAUCACCAACGGCAGCGAUUCCAGACCCGGAUUUAAGUGCGGCAUCUGCAAUGAGAGUUUUCACACAGAGAAGGCCUGCAAGUUCCACUUCAAGUUUUCGCACAAGGAGCAAUAGUGCUCUUACGGACCUGACUAUUUUAUAUUUAUUUGCCUCGCUCGCUAACUACAAGACUGUGAUAGUAAUUACGUGGAAAUUUUAAAAUUUUAAUGGCGUCAUUUUUUGUUUUUUGUUAAAACAGUCUUGUCUAAAAUGAGCGAUUUGUUGUCUUACGCCCUAGCAUAAGCAGAAAUAGUAGAUUCCUUUAAAAUUUACCAUAUUUCCUAUUGUACAUUAAGAUAUGCUUGGUUAUCUAUAAAUAUACAGGAUUUUGAAGAAAUUCAAAUGGUAUUAUGGAAGUUUAAGCUGAUAAA